AUGCCGGAAAUAGCAGAAGUUGCGCGCAUAGUGCACUACAUCCGCAAACACCUGGUCGGCAAGACGCUCUCCAAAGUCAUCGCAGCGGACGAUGCCAACGUCUACGGCAAGGUCGGCACCAGCGGCGCCGAGUUCCAAAAGGCCCUCGCUGGAAAGAAGAUCGGGGGUGCGGGUCAGCAAGGGAAAUACUUCUGGUUUGUUAUGGACAAACCGCCGCACCCGUUGAUGCACUUUGGGAUGACGGGAUGGCUGAAGAUUAAAAGCGAGGAUACAUACUACUACAGAAAGAAAGAGGGCGAGGAAGAGGAGGAGGAGGAAGAGGAAUGGCCGCCACGAUUUUGGAAGUUUCAUCUUGCGACCAAGGAGGAACCGCAGGUCGAGGCGGCGUUUGUGGAUUCGAGACGGUUUGCUAGAAUUCGCUUGUUGGAUUGCAAAGCAGAUGAGAUUCGCAGCAUUAGUCCGCUGAAAGACAAUGGACCAGAUCCGGUCGUGGAUAAAGACCUAGUCACCGUGGAUUGGCUGUUGGACUUGUGUCGAAGGAAGAAGAUACCCAUCAAAGCGUUGCUGCUGGACCAGGCGAACAUAAGUGGGAUCGGCAACUGGGUGGGUGAUGAGAUCAUGUAUCAUGCGAAGAUGCACCCAGAGCAGUACAGCAACACUUUGUCCGAGGAACAGAUCACGCAGCUGCAUGAAUCGAUCCAUUACAUUUGUGGCAAAGCGGUGGACCUGUUAGCAGACUCUGACCGAUAUCCUGAGAACUGGCUCUUCAAGCACAGGUGGGGCAAGGGUAAGAAGGACGCACCCAAGUCUUUGCCGAACGGCGAGAAGAUUACAUUUCUGACAGUCGGCGGUCGCACGAGCGCUGUCGUACCCUCUGUGCAAAAGAAGACUGGUCCGGUAGCAAAGGAGAUGAGUGAGGCGGAGAGUGGCGGAGAAGCUCAGGACAAGAAGCCAAAGAGCAAUGGUGCUAAGGUGGGCAACAAGAGGAAGAGUAAGGAUGAAGACCAGAAAGAUGCGGUGGUGGAUGUUGAGACUACGGGCGUCAAUGGAGUGGCGAAGAAGACACCACCAGCUAAGCGGCAGAGGAAAUCUAAAUUCAAGGAGGAGCUGAGUGAAGAGGAUGUGCCAGUAGCAGAUGCCACUGUGAAGGGCAAGAAGGUAAAGGUAGAGGGUCGACAAGAGGCCAUGGAGCCAGCCGGCAAAGAGGCCAAGGCGGGCAAGGCGGGCAAGGCGAAGAAGAUAGCUGCGAAGGCAUCAGCAAUUGCUCCAGGAGGGAAAAGAAGGUCAGGACGACUAAGUAGAGGUUGA